AUGGAGCUGGUCUUGUGUUUCCUUCCGUCCCUGCUCCUCCUGCUGCUGUCUCUGGCUCUGCGCUGGCCCAGGGUGCACGUUUGGACACGGCUGGCUGUCAGGGCGGCAGGCUGGAGACUCUGGGUCAUAAUUUGCCUCAUCCUGGAUCUGCCACUCAACAAUAAUGCAACAACAACACGGACCACAGAGACCAGGUCAGCGGGGACAGAUAUUUUGUCGGGGUCAAGUCAGACCUCAGAUGGCCCCAGGCUCAUCUGUAAACCGACAGCGUUGGCCAAAUAUGUGCUCCGUCACUGCGGCUCACUGACCAGGCCUAGACUGGCUUCAUGGCCCAGAGGAGACCCCCACAUCCAGACUCUAUCCAGCCUGCUGUUUGGACCUCAUGGAGACUUGUUACAGUUCACCAGGGACCAUUUGUUACUUAAAGAUGGGGGGAUCGUGGCUCUGGACUGGGCUUUGGGAAUAAGACCGGCUGAGAAGAGGAGGUGGGAGGGGAGGAAGGAGAUCCAGGUGGGAGGGAAGGCGAUGGGCUGCUUCACCACAACCCCUCCUGUACUCCUCCUCAUCCCUCAGUACUGGGGAGGGACAACACCACACUUAAAGGGGCUCUGCCAGCAGGCCAUACAUCAGGGAUUUAAUGUGGUCCUGUUUCACCCUCGAGGCACAGCAGGCUGCCCGCUGACCACAGCUCGACUCACUGAGUUUGGAGACCCGUCGGAUCUAGAGCAGGCGGUGGCUUACAUCCACGGUCGUCACCCGACCUCUGCUCUAUUCGCAGUGAGCGAAGGUUCAGGCUCAGGUAUUCUUCUUUCCUACUUGGGGGAGAGUGGGUCAAGCUCUUACCUUACUGCAGCAGCAGCCAUCUCACCUGUUCUCUUGGGCCAGCAGUGGUUUGAAACAGCCAUGCCUCCUGUUUACCGUUGGGGAGUUUCGUUCCAGAGGAAAAUGCAGCUCAGAAGAUAUGCAAGUUCCCUCAGAGGGGUGCUGAAUGUGGAUCAGGCUCUAAGCUGCUCAUCCCUAAGAGACUUUGAGGAAUCUCUCUUCUGCUCUUCAACCAAGCGACCAAGUCCUGGACUGAGAUCAGGAUCUUCCUCCUUGCAAAGCCUGCCCCCCUCAGUGGCCUGGGCGCUGGGUGAGAGGGCCUACCCAGCGCAGGACUGGGAGGGGUACUGGGAGAGGAAUGAACCUCUGAGAGAUGCAGAUGAGGUGGCAGUGCCCGUUCUCUGUAUCCGCAGCUGUGAUGACCCCCUCCUCCCUCCUGCCUCCUCUUUGCCACUCCCUCUUUUCCAAAGCAACCCUUACUUCAUGCUGGCUUUGACUGACAGAGGAGGGCAUUGUGGGUUCACCCUGGAGGGUAGAGGAGAGGUGGCGGAGGGAGGAAGGACAGGAAACGAGGAAGUGGAGCAGGACUGCUGGAGUCACACUGCUAUUCUGGACUACUUCAGAGUUGUGGCAGAUUUCCUGAAAAGAGAGGAGAGAGAGAACGCGACCUUUGGGAGUCCACCAGAGGAUUUCAGUCAGACUGGGCUGUGGGGCAGGGCCGGCAGCGUGGCUCCUCCUCGCAGGAGGAGGAACGCGGUGAUGAGGAGACCCAGGCUGCUGGUACCUGAGGAGAGCAGCGUGGAGGCGGAGGAGGAGAACUUCACCUGGAAGAGGUCUUACACACGCUAAGGAGAAGGAGAUCUGAGAUGAGAGAUUUUCAUCUUUGGACAGAAUUAUGUUUUUCUUUGACAGUUUUAUCUGCGGUUGGAGUUUUAAAUGAA